CUCUGCCUGCCGAGUAGGACACAGAGGGUAUCAUGUCCACCACCAUCUGCAGCCCCGUGUGACUCACGGAAAACCAUGCUCUAGCAAGUAUCCCGCAGAAGCAACAUUCCGUACGGCACUUUUUUUCCCUGGCCAUGGAGUCCAGCGUGUGGGAAUGGCCGACUCCUGGGUUCAGAUGUUUCCAGGGAUAUCCAAGCAAGUCAUGGGCGAGGUAGAUUCGACAUUGGGCUAUCGAUUAUCACACGUCAUAUCCCAUGGUCCCAACUCAGAGCUCAAUAAGACCGAAAACUCACAGCCCGCAAUAAUGACUACAUCGCUGUUGAUAUUCCGUAUUCUUGAACAUGAGCUUGGCUUCGACGCAAAAAAGUUUAUAGACUUUACACUUGGCCAUAGCUUGGGGGAGUUUACUGCCCUAGUUGUCGGGGACUACCUUGAUUUUAGCGAUGCGCUAAGGCUGGUCAGACGCCGGGCAGAGAUCAUGUCUCAAUGCACGCAGGCAGCUUCGACACGAACAGGAGAAGAAUUUGGAAUGAUGGCUCUUGUGUGUGAGCCCGACCAUUUUCCGAAGUUGCUUCAAACCAUUCAUGACUUUCUCGAGCUUGCGGAGCCGGAAUUAAAAGACGACACUAAUCACGCGGCCUCGGCGUUUCAGAAUGUCAUGAUUGCAAACAUAAAUUCUAAAAACCAAAUCGUACUCAGCGGCAGCAUUGCGAAAAUCAAGACUCUGCUCGUCCAGCUCCGUCAGUUUGGUGGGCAUGAUCCUCGCGCGGUGAGGUUAAGAUGCGAGAGCCCAUUUCACAAUCCAAUAAUGGCACCGGCUGCUGAAUACAUGCGGCAUGCUCUUGAGGAUAUUGACAUCAGAUUUCCCGCACGUAUGCAAGUUGUAUCGAAUGUUUCAGGUCUGCCGAUCGAGUCGAGAGAGGAAUUGAAGACUCUCCUCUCCCGACAAUGCGUUGAAACAGUGAGAUGGUGGGAUAGCAUUCGAUACCUAGAUCAAGAUCGUGGUGUGACCCGUUGGAUAGGUAUAGGGCCGGGGAAAGUGGGCAGGAACCUGGUUGGCAAGGAAGUAGACAAAAACAUGGUCAAAGGAGGCGGCGUCUGGUCCAUUUCCGAUCCUAGAGAACUCGAUACUAUAUUGUGUAACCUGGCAAGAUCGCAAUUUGACUAAGUUGGUG